AUGCUGAGAGGGAAGAAGAUGCAGCCAGGGUUCAGGGAGAUCAGCUUUAACGCCUGCCUGGUGCAGAUGUUUUUCCUUCACUCAUUCUCCAUCAUGCAGUCUGCUGUGCUGCUGGCCAUGGCCUUCGACAGGUACGUGGCCAUCUGCAACCCCCUGAGAUAUGCCACCAUCCUGACCAAUUCAGUGAUAGCAAAGAUCGGGCUGGUGGCUUUGGCCCGGGCUGUUCUGCUUAUGGUCCCUCUGCCCUUCCUCCUCAGGAGGCUGCCCUACUGCGGGUCCCAUGUCAUCGCCCACUGCUACUGUGAGCACAUGGCCGUGGUCAAUCUGGCCUGUGCUAACGCUAUGUUCAAUAACAUCUAUGGGAUCAUCGUAGCUCUCUUCAUCGUGGGGCUGGAUCUGAUGUUCAUCUCCCUAUCAUAUGUCAAGAUCCUGAGGACUGUCUUAAGCGUGGCAUCCAAGGAAGAGCAGCUCAAGGCUUUCAGCACCUGUGUUGCCCAUCUUUGUGCCAUCUUAGUGGUCUACACACCAGUGGUCCUCUCCUCAAUAAUUCACAGGUUUGGCCACCAUGUUGCCCCACACAUACACAUCCUGCUGGCUAAUUUCUACCUCCUCUUUCCUCCCAUGAUGAACCCCAUCGUGUAUGGUGUGAAAACCAAACAGAUUCGUGACCGGGUGCUUCUCCUGUUCCGAGGGAAAAGCUUCUAG